AUGGAUCUGUACAAUUAUGGCUCGCCAAUUGUCAACAAUGGUAAUGGCCACACUAGUCACCAUUCACCGAUCAUCAACUACAGGAAAGAUGCCAAAAAGGGUAUCAAGUUUACAUUUAUGGUUGUAGGUGAGCUGGGUACUGGUAAGACGACUUUUAUCAAUAGUUUAUUAAAUAAAAAGGUAUUGAAUCAUCGGUAUGAAACUGGUCAAUCUGCAUUGAGUUCUGUUGGGGAAACAAAAACAUUAAGUUUCACUUCUGCCAAAUCUGUUGCUUUGCCAAAUACUUCAAUGCUAACAAGAAGCGAGUUUAAUCCGUCUACUAUUAACGAAGAGCCGGGUAUUGCCUUGUCUGAAACCAAGGUUGAAAUUAUUGAUGAUGACAAUUUGAAAAUUUUGCUCAAUAUCAUUGAUACCCCUGGAUUUGGAGAAAAUUUAAAUAACGAAAUAUGUUUUGUUGAAAUUGAAAACUACUUGAAGCAGCAAUUUGAUUUGGUUUUAGCAGAGGAAACAAGAAUCAAGAGAAAUCCGCGGUUUGUUGAUACAAGAGUACAUGUGAUGCUUUACUUUAUUACUCCAACAGGACACGGAUUAAGAGAAAUUGAUAUACAGUGUAUGAAGCGCUUAUCCAAAUAUGUAAACAUUAUACCUGUUAUUGGCAAAGCCGAUACAUUUACUCCAAAAGAGUUGCAAUUUUUCAAACAGCAAAUCAGAAUUGAUAUAGAAAAGUUUAAUGUGCCAAUUUUCCAAUUUGACAAUUUUUUGAACGAAUACGACGAAGAGGAGGAUCAUGAUUUGAUUCAAGAAUGCAAAUUCUUGUCUGAUUUGCAACCUUUUGCCGUGGUUACAUCUGAGGAGAGCUUUGAAAUCAAGGAUAAUAAAACUGGCCAAACAAAGAUAAUUAAGGCGAGAAUGUACCCUUGGGGAUUUGUGGAUAUUGAGGAUACUAGAGCUAGCGAUUUUGCAAUUUUGAAGUCGGUGUUAUUGGGCUCACAUCUACAGGAUUUGAAAGAUUUAACUCACGAUUUCUUGUAUGAAACUUAUAGGACUGAAAGGUUGACCAAAGUUACCGGAGGCGAUGUUUUUAAUGAAGACGAUUAUGAGGAGAGCGAAUUCCACGACACGGUUGAGCAUCAUGAAACCGAUGACAAGGGAGGAGUUUCUAAUUCCGGGGCAAUACCAUCAUUAUCGAACCUAGCACAAUUAACCAACACUGCGGGAGAUGCUCAUCACAAUCACGGCAACGGACAUGGACAUGGCCACAACAAUGACAAUCAUUCAAUAAACUCAACAAGUUCAUCGGCUAAGAAAUCGACAUCGAUGUUAUUAGACGAUGAAACUUCAAUUUCCUCGAUACCCCAUUUGAAGAACUACACCAACUAUACGUCAAGCACCUCAACUUUUUCAGUCGAGGAGAGAGCACCUAAUAACAAUGCGUUCAAGAGAUUGUCGAUUGGACCUCAGCGUAAUCAAUUGCGUCAAAUAUCUGAAACGGUACCUUAUGUUUUGAGGCACGAAAGGAUUUUAGAGAGGCAGCAUAAACUAGAAGAGAUGGAAAUGGCGAGUGCCAAAGAAUUGGCGAAUAGGGCCGCUUUGUUGGAAAAGAAGGCUCAACUUUUAAAACAAAAGGAAAAGGAAUUGAUGAGACAGUUGGAGCUAGCUAAUCGGAACAAGAAUAGUCACAAUAUCUCUGUUGCAAGACAGAGUGACAAUGUUGAAGUAGUUAAUCACGACGACGACGACGAUGACGACGACGACGCUGAUGCUGCUGUUGCUGCUGCUAAUAACAAGCAACGUCACUCUAGAGAGGGUAAUGGAUAUAUUGCAAAAGACGAGACCUUGACUGAUUUGCACUCUUUAGUUAACGAGAAGCAACAGCAACAACAGCAACCGCCUUUACAACCUCCAUUAUUGUCAUUAGAGCAACAACAGCAGCAAUCAUCACAACCAUCAUCACCACAACAACAGCAACCACCACAAAAACUCCAACGUUAG